UGACAAAAGCUUAAAGAUUUAUAGCGAUUGACCCUUCAAAGAGAAGGCUUUCGCUGGUCAAAAGCUUGCACCUUUUUGUUUUCUUGGCCGGAUUUUUGUGCCAUCGUUUCAGCUCUGCUAUAUGUUCAGACUCUGGUAGCAGCAAAAUGAUCGUUUUGUGGGUACUUAAAGCUCUGCGUUGCUGAAAGCCAAUACGAGAAUUGGAAGCUGAGUGUAAUUGGAGGUCGCUAAAAACCGUCAUUUGGUCUUUUGGAUAAGUGGGCCGCGGUUUUCUCUCAUUCAUUCCAUCUGGGCAUUUGCUUAUUUUGUUCUGGAGUGUAAUGAGAUGGGGUUUGAGGAGAGUAGAGAUAUUAAACUGCUUGGACUGAGAAUGAGCCCAAAGCACAGGCGUUCAAAGAGCUUUCCUGAUAAGAGAAGAGUGGAGGAAGAUGGCAUCGAUAGUUCCUUUAAGGCCUCUGAACGUAUAAAGCUGGAUAUCGGGCACUUAAAAAAUAUUAAAACCAAGAAGAAACAAUCUGCCAAGGCUGAAGUUCAUAAUUCUUUGAGGCAAGAGAUUCUGCAACUUGAGAAGGGAUUAAAGAACCAAUUUGAGGUCCGCAGUGCUUUAGAAAAGUCAUUGGGUUAUAGGUCUUCCUCUCAUGAGAAGACAACUGAAAUCUUAAUGCCCAAGCCAGCCACAGAGUUAAUAAAGGAAAUUGCAGUUUUAGAGUUGGAAGUCGUGUAUUUGGAGCAAUAUCUUCUUUCCUUGUACCGGAAAGCAUUUGAUCAACAGAUAUCCUCUGUACCUCCAUCUUCCACGGAUGAAAGAUUAAAAUCAUCUAUAAAUACAUCAAGAGGGAGGAUUCCCCAAGCUUCCAGGCCUGAUAUUACAUCAAAGAGGGAAAGUUCAGCAGUACAAUCUGCUUGUGAAUCACUUGACAAUCCUGGCAAGGAAUCCCGUGGAAUUGGUCGAGAAGAGAAGCUAUUAUAUUCUGAUGUUCAUCGCUGUCACUCCUCAUUAUCCCAAUUUUCAGCGUUUUCAACUAGAACUUCACCUCCAGCAGAGGCAUUACGUGCAUGCCAUUCCCAACCUUUGUCCAUUAUGGAGUAUGCUGAGAAUACUUCAUCAAAUAUAGUCAGUCUGGCAGAGCAUCUUGGUACCCGCAUCUCUGAUCAUGUUCCAGAGACACCUAACAAGCUUUCUGAGGACAUGAUUAAGUGUAUGUCAGCCUUGUAUUGCAAGCUGGCAGAUCCACCAUUGACUCAUAAUGGCCUCUCAUCUCCCAAUUCAUCUAUGUCAUCAACGAGUGCAUUUUCUCCACGAGAUCAGUGUGAGAUGUGGAGUCCUGGUUUCAGGAAUAACUCAUCAUUUGAUGUACGGUUAGAUAAUCCUUUCCAUGUGGAAGGACUCAAGGAGUUCAGUGGACCAUACAGCACAAUGGUUGAAGUACCCUGGAUAUACAGAGAUGGUCAAAAACUGGGUGAUACUGAACACCUGAUACAGAAUUUCAGGUCACUUAUCUGCCGCUUAGAAGUAGUAGAUCCUAGGAAGUUGAAACAUGAAGAGAAGCUAGCCUUCUGGAUUAACAUACACAAUGCUUUGGUGAUGCAUGCGUACUUGGCUUAUGGGAUUCCACAGAACAAUGUCAAGAGAGUUUUUCUACUCUUAAAGGCUGCAUACAACGUUGGGGGUCACAUCAUCAGUCCAGACACCAUACAGAGUUCUAUUCUAGGUUGCCGAAUGUCUCGUCCUGGACAGUGGCUUCGCAUGUUACUUUCUUCAAGAUCGAAAUUCAAAUCUGGAGAUGAACGCCAAGCAUAUUCAAUUGAGCAUCCAGAGCCUCUUUUACACUUUGCUCUCUGUUCGGGAAGCCAUUCUGAUCCUGCGGUUCGUGUGUACAUGCCCAAGAGAGUUGUUCAAGAACUGGAAGCUGCAAAAGAAGAGUACAUUCGAGCUACCUUUGGUGUAAGCAAGAAUCAUAAAAUCCUUUUACCAAAGAUGGUUGAGUCAUUUGUGAAGGACUCUGGUUUGUGUCCAGCUGGAGUGAUAGAGAUGAUCCAACAGUCGUUACCCGCAUCUUUGAGGAGGAGUGUCAAGAAAUGUAAGAUAGGGAAAUCUCGCAAGAGCAUCGAGUGGGUUCCUCACAACUUCACCUUUCGGUAUUUGAUUUCUAAAGACCUGAUUAAGUGAUUUUGCUUGCAUUGCCUGCUGCUUAAUACUUGGGGUAGAAUGCAAUGUUCAUAAGACUGUAAACUAGGAGAAAUUACCAUUAUCUUUGUACAAAGUAGAAUGUGAAGCUGGAAAAGGGAGGAUACAAGUUUGAUCUAUGGCUUUGGUUAUUCGCAUUAUGUGAUCUCCAUCUGGCCAUGUUAUCCUACAUUGCUGUAGUUUUGUGAAAGAAGGGAGAUUUUGCAUUAAGAAAUGUAAAUAAUCUGUUUCAGGGUGCA